AUGCCGGAAAACACAAAAUAUCAGCAACUAAUUGGAGCGCUAUUAUACCUAACAGUAAAUACAAGGCCGGAUAUAGCAGAAAGUGUUGGAAUUUUAAGUCAACACAACAAACAACCUACAACAGCUGAUUGGACAGAGGCAAAAAGAGUAGCACGCUACUUAAAGGGAACAAUGAGCCACGAAUUAAAACUUGGCCAACGAAAUGCAAAGAAAGAGUUAAUUGGCUUCGCGGAUGCUGAUUGGGCUCAAGAUACAAUUGACAGGAAGUCACACAGCGGAUACUUAUUCCAAUUUUGCGGAGCAUCGUUGAGCUGGGGUUGUAGGAAACAGACGAAUGUCACACUGUCUUCAACCGAGGCAGAGUAUGUAGCUCUCGCCGAAGCAACGCAGGAAGGACUAUGGAUACAUCGUCUACUGAAAGAUUUUGCAGAGGAAACUCAAGAAAAGAUAAUCAUCUAUGAAGACAAUCAGAGCUGUCUCAACCUCGUGUACAACAAUAAAUUCAGCAACAGGACAAAACAUAUUGAUACCAAGUUUCAUUUUAUGAAGGAUUUAAAGGAACAAGGAAUCGUAGACUAUAGAUAUUGCCCUACGGACCAAAUGCCUGCCGACAUGCUAACAAAGCCACUGGGAAGAGUAAAGUUAAAAUAUAUGUCUGAAAAAUGCGGAUUAACGGGUUAG